AUGACUGCUGCUGACAGGAAGAGACUGGAUAGGCUCAUCAAUAAGGCCAGUUCUGUCCUGGGCUGCUCUCUGGACACUGUGGAGGUGGUGAGGGAGAGGAGGAUGACAAGAAGGUUGUACUCUAUGCUGUCAAAUGACUCCCACCCCAUGUAUGGAACUGUGACAGCCUUGAGGAGCUCCAUCAGAGACAGACUGUUGCACCCCAAAUGUUUGAGAGAGCGCUAUCGCAGGUCCUUCCUGCCUGCAGUAGCGAUUCAAAACCCCAGCCUGCAGGAGCGAGAGUGGAACUCUGUUGCCCGUUGGUCAUCAAGCUUGAGACGUUUUUACAGCUUCUCUCUCAAAGUAGAGGAGUCCCUGCCGGAGUCCCUGACAUGUCCGCCCCUCACGCCCACUCAGCACCUGGAGAGGAAGCAGGCGCUGGGCAAACAGUUCGCUGAGAUCCUCCACUUCACUCUACGCUUUGAUGAGCUCGAGGUCUGUGGAAACACUCGAGUUAAACUCAUACACACACUCAGUCUUUUCUACUUCAUUACUAUACAUCUCUGGUUUCUGCACCCACAGUUGGACAUUGAGAGUGAAGUCAACAAUGAGAUGGCUAACAGGAUGUCUCUGUUCUAUACGGAGGCCACGCCCAUGCUGAAAACACUCAGCAAUGCAACCACAAACUUUGUGACAGAGAACAAGAUUCUUCCACUGGAGAACACAACAGGCUGCCUCAGCACCAUGGCCAGCGUCUGUAAAGUCAUGCUAGAGACACCGUGA